CGCUGCGUGCGCGGCGGCGAAGUUGAGCGAGGCGGGAGGAAGGAAGUUAGGGAGCAGCCCGCCAGCAGAGGCGCCCCCUGGCACCUGCGCCACCCUGGGCGGGCGACACAUCGCGCUCCCAGGGCCGCGCCGCCGCCUCUCUGGUGGCGGGGCCUCAGGCCUUUGCGCAGCAGAUAAACCGAACUCCAGCCUGAAAUUGAAGGUCCACAGCACGAAAAAAGAUGCGAGCCUCCAAAUAUGGUCCCUGUGCUCUCUGGUCCUGUCCGGUGCCCACAGCUGAGGGAGUCACCCUGGAGCAGAGCUGGGGGGUGCCAGAGCCCAAAGUUGGAGACCUGAUUGAGAUUUUCCGCCCUUUCUACAAACACUGGGCCAUCUACGUUGGUGAUGGUUACGUGGUCCACCUGGCACCCCCAAGUGAAAUUGCGGGAGCUGGUGCGGCCAGCAUCAUGUCCACCCUGACUGAGAAGGCGGUGGUGAAGAAGGAGCUGCUGGACGAUGUGGUCGGGAGAGACAGGUACCGGGUCAAUAACAAACACGAUGGCAAGUACUCGCCGCUGCCUCCCAGCAAAAUCGUCCAGCGGGCGGAGGAGCUGGUGGGGCAGGAGCUGCCCUAUUCGCUGCCCUGUGAGAACUGCGAGCACUUUGUGAACGACCUGCGCUAUGGAGUCGCCCGCAGCGACCAGGUCAGAGAUGCCGUCGUGGUGGCUGGCAUCACGGGAGUGGGCUUGGCCGCCAUGGGCCUCAUUGGAGUCAUGUUCUCCAGAAACAAGCGGCAGACGCAAUAAGUUGAAGGGACUGUCCCGGCAGCAGUGACAUUUGUACAUUUAGGGGGCCUUGUUUGGCCUGAUUUCGGUUUGCGGAUUUCAGUUUGCAGAUUUCAUGCUGUUUGAUGAUAAGGCUUAUUUUUGCAGGAUAAAAUAAAGCCCAGUAAGGGAGGACUUUACUGGAGGAAACGCA